AUGCCCCGCGAGUUGAAGAAGAGAGGCCGCAGAGGCGAGGAGAAGAAGAGAAAGCUGGAAGAAGAGGAGGAAACACACCAAGAAUUUGCGCAACCGAAACGACAAAGAACAGAGGACGGUGUCGAUGCAGCAGCCGAACAACAAGACUUUGUCGGACUUGGCCAGGACGGCGCAUACACCAAUGGCGACUACCAAGACGGAGAAGGUCAUGGCCCGCCCGUGGAACAGGUUUUCUUCGGUAUGCUGGACGAGGAAGAGCAGGAAUACUUCAAGCGCGCCGAUGAGAUGCUCGAGAUGAACAACUUUGCCGAUGCUGACGAGAGGUCGCUGUUCCUGGCCAACGUGUAUCGUGAAGCCAAUGGCAAGGAGCUCAAGAUUGCCAACAGUCAAUCGUGCUCGAGAUUGAUGGAGAGAUUGAUUCAACUGUCGACACCGGCCCAACUCAAGACGCUGUUCCAGAAGUUUAGCGGCAACUUCAUGCACCUGUUCCAACACCGCUUCGCCUCGCAUUGUUGCGAGAAGCUCUUCAUCCAGGCCGCCCCUGUCGUCACCGAAGAACUGCUUCAUCCCCCAAAGCCAGAAGACCAGACAACUGCCGAUGAUGACGUCUACGUUAGUAUGGAAAACCUCUUCCUGUUCACCCUCGGAGAAAUGGAAGGUAAUGUUGGUUUCCUCAUGACCGACCGCUUCGCCUCGCACACUCUACGCGUUCUGCUCCUUGUCUUGGCCGGCGAGCCUCUCUCCGACUCGACCAACAAGUCUCUGAUGCAAAGUAAGAGAAAGGAACAUGUCACUGUCAACGGCACCACCAGCAAUGACAAGGAAGACGCCACACCCAAGGACAAGGAAGACCGUCGACCCGUCCCAAAAUCCUUCACCGAAGCUCUCGAAAAGCUCAUGACGGCUAGUGUAUCGGGACUUGACACUACCAGCCUUCGUGCACUUGCCACACAUCAACUUGGCAACCCUGCCUUACAACUUUUGAUCAGACUCGAGCUCACUCAUUUUGGCAAGUCAAAAGCAAAGGACGAGAACUCCAUCUUCCGUACUCUCCUUCCAGACGACCCCAUCACCCCAGAGUGUGACAGCGCUUCUUUCAUCAAUGGCCUUUUGUUCGAUCCCAUUGGUUCUCACCUCAUCGAAUGUAUCGUCGAGCAUGCACCAGGAAAGAUGUUCAAGAGUCUGUACAGAGGUCUCUUGAAGGAUCGCAUGGCAUCGCUGGCUCGCAACGAAAUUGCUUGCUACGUUGCCUGCAAGGUACUCGAGAGAUUGAGCAAGGACGAUCUCCUGGAAGCACACGAGCAGAUUUGCCCUCAGAUCCCUAGUCUUCUUGAACGCAACCGCUUUGCAGUCAUCAAGACCUUGAUCGCCAGAUGUGCUGUCAGAGAAAUCGACAGCCAGGCCAUUGCCGUACAACUCAGCGAAGCAUAUAACGGUCCCGAAGGCUUUGACAUUGCCAAGUUACUCAAGCCCGACACUGAUGAAGCAGCAGCAACAAACGGCAACCCACCACCUGAAGGCAUGCCCGCACACAUUGCCGAAGAACGCACAAACCCCCACACCAUCAAGCUCCAAGGCUCUCUGCUCGCCCAAUGCAUGAUCCUAGUGCCCGGAGCUUUGAGUGCCUUGAUUCUCGAAAGCCUUGCAUCCCUCCCUCCCACCACAUUGCAGAAAAUGGCCAGCGACACCAUCAUCUGCCGCACCCUUCAAGCCGCAAUGACAUCCCACAACGCCUCCAUCAUCUCGCGCCGAAAACUGAUCCAGCAAUUCUUCGGCCACAUUGGCGAAAUGGCACUAGACAGCAAAGCCUCGCGUGUAGUCGACGCCAUCUGGGAAGGCACCCACGGCCUGGCCUUCAUUCGCGAACGCAUCGCCGAAGAAUUAAACGAGAACGAAGCUUCCCUGCGCGACAACCCUUGCGGACGCGCCGUGUGGAAAAACUGGAAAAUGGACCUCUACAAACGACGACGCGGCGAAUGGGUCAAGCAAUCCAAAAUCAAAGCUUCCAACGAUGGAUUCCAAAGCUUUUCGGAAGUGGAUACAAACCUCAAAGCAGCAAACAAUGUACAUGCGAACAGAAAAACUAGACAUGGACAGCAACAAGCAGCUAAUGCAGCAACACAACAACAACAACAAGCAGGCACGGAAAGAAAAGUGCGAUCCAAUUGGCGAGAGAGACAUGCUGCCAACAAAGCGAGAUCGCAACAGGCGAGAGAGAAACAUGUGGCUGGAGGAAGCAGACCUAGUGGCAGUUCGAGCUCGAGUAAACAUGCUUCGGGAGCGAAUGCUCUCCUCAAUUCGAUCCAAGAACUCAUUAUUCCUUUUAUCCGCUCUGCAGAUGAAGAUGCUGCUAUCAAACACACUGGCCAUGGUCUCGCCAUCGAAGGCAAAGGUCCCCGAACCGCUCUCGUCGAACACCAUCCCCCCAACAAGCUAAAAUCGCUCUUCGACGUCCAACUCCCCGAAGCUUCGCAAGGCAAAACCGGACUCUUGGAAGUUGUGCAAAAGCUGUUGAAAUACAGUGUCAACACUUGGGAUCAAGGCUUCAUGGAUAAGUUGUACGCCUCCACCAAUGCCGUCGGUGUGGUCUCUGAACUGCUGCUCGCGGUUCUAAACACAAACUUGCACGUCUAUCAAGUCUCCCCCGCCUUGACGAUUGUGGAAAAGACUACGAGUAAGGCUUUGGCAAAUUUGUUUGGCUUUACUGGUCCUCACGGCGGUGGCAUUUCUCAACCUGGAGGCUCGGCUAGUAAUGCGACUAGCAUUGCCAUUGCGAGAAAUACACUUUUCCAGAAACCAAAACGGAAGGGAUCAAUGGAAGGAGGUUUACGCUGUUUACCUCUGCGCAUGGCGGCGCAAAUGUUUGGAUUCGGGUCUUCCGCUGUCAUUGGCGUUGCUGUAGACAAACAAGGCCGCAUGCUUCCUUCUGCUCUGGACGAAGCAAUCCAAAAAUCAAAGGAUGCAGGCGAAGUGCCCUUCUACGUCAACGCCACUGCUGGAACGACUGUCCUUGGUUCCUACGACCCCAUCUCCGCCAUCGCCGACAUUUGCCAAAAACACAAACUCUGGCUGCACAUCGAUGGCUCUUGGGGUGGCCCUGUGAUCUUCUCCGCCACCCACAAACACAAGUUGGCAGGUAUAGAAAAAGCAGAUUCCAUUGGCGUAACCCCGCACAAAAUGCUCUCAGUACCCAUGACUUGCUCCUUCUUGCUCGGAAAAGACAUGAGAAACUUUCAAAAGGCAAUGACUUUGCCUGCUGGUUAUCUGUUUCACAACCCUGACGAUGAAGAUGCGUCUAUUGCUGAUGUUGGAAAUAACACAACGACAGAUGUCAAUCGCCCUGAAGCGGAAAUCUGGGAUCUGGCGGAUUUGACACCUCAAUGCGGACGCAGAGGCGAUGCGCUAAAACUCGCUUUGUCUUGGAUAUACUACGGCAGUGAUGGUUUCGAAGCUUCCAUCGAUGCUGCUUUUUCUGCCGCUUCCACCCUCGCUUCCUUGGUCUCUACCAAUUCUGCAUUUACUUUGGUCUCAGAGAACCCACCUCCGUGUUGGCAAGUCUGCUUUUACUACAACAAGCAACAAGACCCGGAAACCAAUUCGAGGAUUACGGAAAUGGUUACGAAGAGAUUGAUACCCAGAGGCUUUAUGGUUGAUUAUGCACCUGGAGAAGACGGAAGGUUUUUCAGGGUUGUGGUUAAUCCGGCGACGAGGAAAGGGACUUUGGAGGGAUUGGUCAAGGCUAUUGAGGAAAUUGGCAAUGAGGUCAAGUGGGAUAUUACAGUCAUGACGAAUGUACAUAUGCGUAUGCGUGUGCAUGUAAAUCAAGAAAGCAAAAAGAGCGAGAAGCUGAGACGAGAGGUGGAUGGUACAACAAACCGAGGGUUUGCGAGAACCGCAGUAACCAAGGCCGUUCAGUUGACCAAGGGCGAAGGAGGACGAUCCACAACGCUCCACACUACCAAUCUAAUGACGACUCCCGUACGGAGCAGACCCAUUGCUCCAGAGACGUUCGUUGUUGUUAUCAACGCAUCGAUAGUCGAGUUUUUUUUGGCAGGCUCGAAUGUCCCAGCUGCUGGAGAGCUUCUUACCAAGAGCAUCAACGCUCUUCCUGUUGACGCCGAUAUAUCCGCACCCGUUACCAAGCGCGCUGUAGCCAUUGAUCUCGGCGGUGUCGGUGCCGAGCUUAAGCAGCGCGAGGUUGCGGAUGAGAAGCGUAACCGCGAAGCAGAUGCAGAGGAAGAGAAGCGUGCUGUCUCUGUCGACCUUGGAAGUCUCGGUGUCGAUAUCAAGAAACACGAGGCAGAUGCAGAGAAAGAGAAGCGCGCUGUCUCUGUUGACCUUGGAAGUCUCGGUUUCGAUAUUAAGAAGCGCACACUCCUCGAUGGUCUCGACAUCCAAGGCUCGGACGUUCCUCUGCUGGGAGAAUUGCUGACCAAGAUUGUGGAUUCCCUCAAGGUGAGUCCGGAGUAA